AUGAUGGGCCUUGUAACUGGUCGCCGUAGGGCUACAUCUACUGCUAGCAGCAAAUCUUCUGGUGAUGCCACCCAGGAUGUCGCCGAGGACGAUACACUCGUUGUUGAGCCCGACCAGGGAAACGUCCUGUCGCAUAUCAUCUCGCAGCUCAGACCCGGCGCCGAUCUUAGCAGAGUUGUCUUGCCAACCUUCAUCCUCGAACCUCGCAGCAUGUUGGAACGGAUAACAAAUUUCAUGUGCCAUCCCGAGAUGCUCCUACCCAUCCCCGAAAUCGAUGACCCGGUACAGAGAUUCGUGGCGGUAGUUAAGUUCUACCUAAGUGGCUGGCAUAUCCGCCCUCCGGGUGUCAAGAAGCCGCUGAACCCCGUCCUUGGCGAGAUUUUUACCUGCUACUGGGACUUCCCCGACAAGACGCGAGGCUACUACAUCUCCGAGCAAACAUCACACCAUCCUCCCAAGUCGAGCUACUUCUACAUGGUUCCUGGCCAUAACAUCAGAGUUGAUGGCACACUCAAGCCUCGAAGCAAAUUCUUGGGCAACUCUGCCGCGAGUAUGAUGGAGGGUAUCGCAAUCUUGAGUCUUCUGAAUCGAGGCAAGGAUCCUCAGAGGGGAGAGCGAUACAUUCUCACUCAGCCCAACAUGUACGCAAGAGGAAUAUUGUUUGGCAAGAUGAAAUAUGAAUUGGGAGACCACAGUUAUGUGCGAUGCCCCGAACUCGACCUUGUGGCCGAUGUCGAGUUCAAGACAAAGGGCUGGGUCAGCGGUACCUACAACGCCAUCGGUGGAACUAUUCGGAGGGAAAGUACCGGCGAAAUCCUCUACGAGCUGUCGGGUCUAUGGAGCGAAGAGAUGUACUUGCGAGAUGUAAAGACUGGGCACAAAGAGAUGUUCUUCAACGCUUUGCACGCAAAAUCUAGCCCUCCGAUUGCACGCCCGAUUGAAGAGCAAGAAGAACGGGAAUCACAAAAGAUUUGGGCUGCGACAGCCAAGGCGGUCAAGGAACGAAACCACGAACUGGCCACUAUCGAGAAAACCAAAAUCGAAGACCAACAGCGCGAGGAGGCCGCCAAGCGAAUCAAUGACGGCGUAGAAUGGCAUCCGCGCCUUUUCCGGAUGGUCAGGGGAGGCCCUGGCGGCUCUGAAGAGGGCGAAGAGGACCUCGAGUGGAUCAUCAAUGCAACAAUAGAUGGGGAUACUCCAGAGAAGCAGGCUGAGCAGAUCAUGGCGAUUUAUCCCAUUUUGAAAGGUCAGCGGUUCGUUGAGAAGAACACCAUCCCCCCUCGAACUCCCGUAGCGAGUCCCAGUAAAGAAGCCCAUCCUCCCGUCCCAACGAUAGACCACGAAAAGCUGGAUCACAAGGAAGCUGCUGCGGGGUCAGAGCCGGUAGAUACGGCACCAAAGGUGCAUCCGCCGUUGGAACCUUCCCAUGAAAGCACCACGGAGAUUCAAAAGCUGCUUGUCGCUACGGGUGCCGUCGCUAAAGAGGGACCUCUGAUCGAUUUCCACGAAGACAUGGCUAAAGAUUUGCCUCCUAUCAAGAAGGUCGACACGGACGAUUCGCAUGACGAGUUUGUGGAUGCACAGAACUAAAGGUCUGUCAGUUCGCAUGAAUACCAACCGACAUAUUACUGGUCAUGCUGUGGGACAAACGUGUAAUUUUAUCUAAGAUACCUCUGAUCAUUUGCAUAUCUGCUUUUCCCCCUUUUCGAAAUGGCGAGUGUCUGGGUCACCCAUGAGGUCAUAUAUAGGUCCGUAUAAUCCUACCUCUGCCCUGACACUGAGGAUAACACCGACUUGGUCACCAAGUUCCGGAAUUACCUGUUGCCAAUCAUGAUGCGGAAGAAGAGAAUCAAUGCCACUUGCUCUUCAGUAUCGUGUACAAAUGGAGAAGUGACUAUGAGGUGAUUGAAUCUGCGUUUCGCCCAACAAGUUCGGAUACCUAUCGGCACCUAGAUUUUCGUUUUGUGAUUGAUGCGAGACGCUGACGCCACCGGGCCUUAACUUUUUCACUGUCAGAAUCGGUACGUCGAGCAUAAA